UAAGUGGUCGUAUUAAUCAUCGCGAAUUUUGGGUGUUUGAUUAAGAUUAAUUAAUCUUAAUCAGAUAGUCCGCCCAUCUGUAAUAAUAUUGAGGCAAUGGAAAUAGAUCAAAGCAAUUCUGCACCAAAAUCAAGUGAGCUACAGCAUGAUGUCAACCAAUCGGAGAUAAACACAAGCGGCAUGCAAAACGAUGGAAGUAAAGUCGUCGAAUCUGAUAUAGGCUCAAGUGGCUUGGAAGACAAUGAUGUUGAUACUAUUGAUGAAAUUGAAGUCAACCUAAGCGAUUUCAUACCAAAAUCAAGCGAGCUUCAACGUGAUGUCGUUGAAUUGGAGCCAGACUCAAGCGGCAACCAAAACAAUAGAAAUGAUUCGGCGCCAAAAUUAAGCGGGGUACAACGUGAAGUCGUCGAAUCUGAUCAAGGCUCAAGUGACUUGGAAGAUAAUGAUGUUGAUACUAUUGACGCAAUUGAAAAUAAUCAAAGCGAUUUGGCAACAAAAUCGAGCGAGCUACAGCACGAUGCCAUCGAAAUGGAGCAUCGCUCAAGUGGCAUGCAAUACAAUGGCAAUGAUCGUAUUGAGGCGAUUGAAAUUGGUCACAACGAUUUGGUACCAAAAUCGAGCGAUGUAGAGCGUGAUGUUAACCAAUUGAAGGCUAGUACAAGUGGCAUGCAAAACAAUGGAAGCAAUUCGGUGCCAAAAUCAAGUGAGGUACAACAAAUUGCCGAUUCGUCUGACGAUGAUGACGCUUCAAUUGCACUCACAGACACCACAAUCAAUGCUGAAUCUGAUGAGAGCAAAGAGAAUAUUGCACCACUAAACAUUUCUUCGGUUUCUUCUGAGGUACUUUUGUUGCCAUUUUUGCCACCUGUCGAAAUGCAAAACCACGUUGGUGCACAACAUGCAUUAGCCAUACUUGACUGCAAUGUACCGAACACAUCCAACUUGUCGACACCAAUGAUUCCCACUGCACCAGCAUUGCCACCAGCUGAUUUUGAAGGGGAUCUCAUUUGUAUGGAUGAUCCGUCAUCACUAUCAAUAUAGUGUUGUGCCAGAUUUACUCGACUUGCCAGCACCGAUAACUCCACUCCAACCGACAACUUCAUUUCAACUACCUAAACGGGGCAUCCCAGGUCUAAUUCCAUUGUGCGAUUUGGCUGAGCCGUCUACAAACAAGUAUGGUCCAUCAAAAAAAAAUGUCAAACACUUCUCAGUACAUUUUGGGAGUGCUUGAUAAGUUCGAAGGACAAAAAUCACAUACUGUGCCAGCGAAAGAGAUCAAACUCGUGGAAGACAUCGAUGAAUCGGACGAAAGUUUCGGUCAACUUGUCAGUGAUUCCGAAUAAUUUGCACGUUUAAUUUUUCAAGCUUGG